AUGGCGACCGGGAAGCUCCUCGCGGUGUGGCUCGUGAACAAGUCCGGGGGACUGAUCUAUCACCGCGCGCUGCGCGAGGACGCGCCGACGCUGGACGCGAACGCGUGCCUGCGCCUGGCGAGCGUGUGGCACUCGCUGCACGCGAUCUCGAGGAAGGUGGCGCCGGUGACGGGGUGCGCGGGGAUAGAGAGCCUGGAGUGCGAUACGUUUGAUUUGUAUUGCUUUCAAGCGGAGACGGGGAUGAAGAUAUUCGUGACGAUGACGAAAGGGAGCGCGGACGCGAGCGGGACGCUGCGAAGGACGCACCGGGCGUACUGCGACUACGCGCUGAAGAAUCCGUUUUACGAGGUGGAGAUGCCGGUGCGGUGUGAGUUGUUCGACGUGGCGAUCGCGGAUAUCGCGCGGUCGGUGAACGAGCGAGGGUAG